CGCCGAAAAAACUAAGAAGGAAGCAGAAGCAAGAAGGAAAUUGGAAAAAGAAAGGGUGAAAGAGGAAGAGAAGCGCAAAGUGGAGGAGGAGUAAGCUCGGAGAGCCGAGGAAGAAGCACGGCAUGAAGCGAAGAAGCGGAAGAAGCAGGAGAAAGCCAAGCAGGAGGCAACAGUAAGAGCAGAAAUGACGAAAGAAGUGACCCUACAUGCGGCGAUGCUGAUGAGCGAGAUCAAAGAUGAUUCGCUCAACCAAUGGAAGACCUCGACGAUGCCGUCGUUGGUAGCUGGAACAAAGGAUGUGAAGGGGAAGAAGAAAGUAGAGUAUGCCCCGGACGUGGAUACCUCAUCUGAUUAUAGCGAUGAGGGAAGUGAGACUAGUGUCAUGCAGGAUUUGAGUGAGAAGACACGACAACUUUGCAUCGCAGAGAAACGCAACAGGGAGGAUGACGUCGUGUUUGAAGAUAGCCCACCGAUGGAGCUACCUCCGAAAAGGACCCCACCGAAGGGCGGCAUCAAACUUACCGAGAUGAACGUCGAGCGUUUGACGAGAUCCAAGGCGAGGAAGAAGGGUGGCUGCACACCGAUCCUUGCAAAAAAAAGAACGCCGAUUUAAACCCCGCUCACCAAGGUGAUGAAGUCGGCCAAAAAUAAAUCUCCACCAAGUGGCCGUCUCACUCCAGCUAAUAAAGCGCUGUUAAGAUU